AUGGCAGCCACCAACAUCAACGGCACCCAGAUUGCCAAGAACAUCCGGGCAGGGUUGAAGGAAGAGAUCCAGAAGAUCCAGGAAUCGAAUCCCCGCUUCAAGCCUAGUUUGGUGAUCUACCAGGUGGGAAGCAGAUCGGACUCGAGCACCUAUGUGCGUAUGAAAUUGAAGGCCGCAGAGGAGGCCGGUAUCAUCUGCAAGAUUAUCAACUUCCCCGAGGACGUCACACAGGCCGAGGUCCUCCAGGAGAUCACCAAGUCCAACAAUGACACCUCGAUCCAUGGCAUUCUCGUCCAGCUGCCUCUCCCCCAACACUUGUCCGAACAUACCAUCACCUCUGCUGUCGCCGAUGAGAAGGAUGUCGAUGGAUUCGGUGCGAUCAACAUCGGUGAGCUGGCUAAGAGGGGCGGUCGCCCUCUCUUUGUCCCCUGCACUCCGAAAGCUGUGAUGAAGCUUCUGGCGGAGAGCGGCGUCGACCCCUCCGGAAAGCAAGCUGUGGUUCUUGGCCGCAGUGACAUUGUCGGAAGCCCGGUCAGCUAUCUGUUGAAGAAUGCUCAUGCCACCGUGACUCUAUGCCACUCGAAGACCCCCGAUAUUGCACGGAUCGUCAAAACCGCCGAUAUCGUCGUUGCAGCCAUUGGACAGACCGAAUUUGUCAAGGGUGAUUGGCUGAAGCCUGGCGCCGUCGUUAUCGAUGUUGGUAUCAACUAUAAGCCUGAUGCCACCAAGAAGUCUGGUUCCCGACUUGUUGGUGAUGUCGAAUUUGAGUCUGCCGCUCAGGUCGCUUCCCAGAUCACUCCGGUUCCUGGUGGUGUUGGUCCCAUGACCGUGGCUAUGUUGAUGGAGAACGUGGUCUCCGCAGCCAAGGCGUACUUCGAAAAGCAAAGAGACAGACACAUUACUCCCCUCCCGAUCAAGCUGGCCAGCCCCGUUCCCUCCGACAUUGCUAUCUCGCGUGCCCAAUACCCUAAGCAGAUUACAAACCUCGCCUCAGAAAUUGGCAUAGAGCCCCACGAGCUCGAGCCCUACGGCCACACCAAGGCUAAGGUCAGCCUCAGUGUGCUCGAUCGUCUGUCCCACCGUCGCAAUGGUAGAUACAUCCUGGUCUGUGGUAUUACACCUACCCCUCUCGGUGAGGGCAAGUCCACAACUACGCUUGGUCUCUCGCAGGCUCUUGGUGCACACCUCGGCCGCAUUGUCUUCGCUAAUGUGCGCCAGCCUAGCCAAGGCCCUACGUUUGGUAUCAAGGGUGGAGCUGCUGGUGGAGGAUACAGUCAGGUUAUUCCCAUGGAUGAAUUCAACAUGCACUUGACUGGCGAUAUCCAUGCCAUCACCGCCGCUAACAACCUUCUCGCUGCCGCCAUUGAGACUCGCAUGUUCCACGAAUCUACUCAGAAGGAUGCUGCUCUCUACAAGCGUCUCGUCCCCGCCAAGAAGGGCGAGCGCAAAUUCCAGCCCAUUAUGUUCCGCAGACUGAAGAAGCUGGGUAUCACUAAGACCAACCCCGACGACCUUACCGAAGACGAGAUUCACCGGUUUGCCCGACUUGACAUUGACCCCGAGACUAUCACUUGGCGCCGUGUUCUGGAUGUCAACGACCGUCACCUCCGGGGCAUCACCGUGGGACAGGCUCCCACGGAGCGUGGCCACACUCGUGAGACGGGCUUCGAUAUACUCGGUUGCCAGUGAAUGUAUGGCUAUCCUGGCCCUGAGCAACAGCCUGGAAGAUAUGCGUGAGCGUCUUGGACGUAUGGUUGUUGCUACGUCGAAGAACGGCGACCCUAUCACCUGUGACGAUAUUGGUGCGGGCGGAGCUCUUGCCGCCUUGAUGAAGGAUGCCAUCAAGCCCAACCUGAUGCAGAGCUUGGAGGGUACGCCUGUCCUGGUUCACGCCGGCCCCUUUGCCAACAUCAGUAUUGGCGCAAGCUCGGUGAUUGCCGACAAAUUGGCUCUGAAGCUCGCGGGUACGGAGCCCGAUGAGGAUCACGAAUCCAAGACCGGCUUCGUGGUGACGGAAGCUGGCUUCGACUUCACCAUGGGCGGUGAGCGGUUCUUCAACAUCAAGUGCCGGUCUUCCGGACUCUCCCCGGACACUGUGGUCAUUGUGGCUACUGUGCGCGCCUUGAAGGUGCACGGUGGUGGCCCUGAGAUUAGCCCCGGUGCUCCUCUGCCGGAAGUCUACCGCACGGAGAACAUCGAUAUCCUGCGCAAGGGCUGUGUUAACCUGAAGAAGCACAUCGAGAAUGCUCGGCAGUAUGGAAUUCCCGUGGUGGUUGCGAUCAACCGCUUCGAGACGGACACGGAGGCCGAAAUCGCAGUCAUCCGCGAGGAGGCCAUUGCGGCCGGCGCANAGGACGCGGUCCCCGCCAACCACUGGGCUGAGGGCGGAGCCGGUGCGGUGGACCUGGCCAGGAGCGUGCUGGCAGCUAGCUCCAAGCCUAAGGAGUUCAAGCUCCUGUACGACCUGAACGGCAGCAUCCAGGAGCGUAUCGAGCGGAUCGGCACCGCCAUGUACGGAGCGGAGAAGGUUGAGUUCAGCGAAUUGGCCCAGAAGAAGGUCGACACCUACACUGCGCAGGGCUUCAACAACCUGCCCAUCUGCAUUGCCAAGACGCAAUACUCGCUCAGUCACGACCCGGCACUCAAGGGCGCCCCCACUGGCUUCACGGUUCCCAUCCGGGACGUUCGGCUAGCAGUGGGUGGUGGAUAUCUGUACGCACUGGCUGCGGACAUCCANACCAUCCCCGGAUUGCCGACGGCGCCUGGAUACUUGAAUGUGGAUAUUGACCCUUAG